GCCAGGAAGUGACCCGCGGGUGGAGGGUACCGCUUCCGAGAACCUUGGGCAAGAUUUCUUUCUUCAUUUUCUACAUCUCUUCCUUGAGUGAUGUCAUUCCCCGUUGCUAUUUUAAGACUUCCUGUCGCGUCUUGGUGUAUAUAAAGCGUCUUGGUCCCACAUUUCGGUGCUAUCGUCUGCUAUUAGCUUACGAGUAAGAAUAAGUGUGAAGCAGAGGCUUGUAACAUGGGGAACAAACAUCCUAACGGCGUGAACACAGGGUCAGAGGAACACGGAGAGUCAACAUCACAAACGAUUCGGUUCGACAAGGUAUACACGCGAGUGAUGCGAAACCCCUUCCCGGAGUACGAGGGCCUCCUCAUUGAGAAAUCAGGGCAGAACGGACAGGGCACAGGAAAGGUGGUCCGGACUGACAGGCUCACGCCGGGAAACAAACACAAAGUGGUUGUACUUGUGUACACCUACAAAUGCACAUCGGAUGUAAACGGCACCUACGUUGUUCUGCAGUUUAACCAGUCUGAAAAGUAUUUCGCCGCCCACAAAAACAAACCAGACAAGCUCAUUCUGAAGAAAGCAGGCUGGACUCCGGAAAAUGCCGAGGACAUCACGACGACAUCCGACCGCCGAGUGUUCCUGAUGACGCCGAACCAGCUCGGCUCGCGCGAUCUCGUCUUCUCCUCGCGAGGCAGCCGUCAUCACGUGAUCUCCGUGUUUCAGAACAUCCGAAGGUUCGCCGAACUGGAGGACCAAGGAACCGGAACGGCGAUUGAAUCGCAGCUGUUUCAGCUGGAUUUCCCGGAAAUGCGCCGUGCACAUGAGGACUCCGAGUCAACGAAGGUCACAUUUCUGGAGAUCGUGCCGUUCCCGUUCAAACCGCUAGGGGGUGCUGAUGAACAGUCGGAUCAGGACGGAGAUGAGACAGAAAAGCUUUCCUGUUGAAUAUCCCGUCGCUCUCUUUGUAUUAGCCUUGAUUGAGAUUUUGUAACAAAAAUACUGUACGUGUGACGUGUCUGUAUUCAACACGGGUAUAUUGAUUUCGAAAACGAAGCCAAGCCGAGGGGGGAGAGAGAGAG